ACUUCAGUGAGAAGCAAAAGCACCCUUUCAGAUUUAUUUUCUGUAAGAGACGGUGUUUGUCACUCACAGUUUCCUCCUUUCUCCUCUCAAGUCUCAACUCCCGCCCUGUAACAUACACUCUCUCUUUCUCUCUGUAGGGGGAAUCCAUGGCAGAUGUUGUGAGGAAGUUCUUCACCACAUCAAUGCUUAUGUGGAUAGCUCCAAUCGUGAUUCUAUAUGGUUUUAACAACAACUUAUUUCCUGGGUCAAAUCAAUUGUCUUCUCAUUCCUUAACGAUUUUGAGCGGAUUGCUUGCUGUUAUCUCUGUCAAUAUUGUGAUUGCAUUCUAUAUUUAUAUGGCGAUGAAAGAGCCCUCCAAUAAGCACGAGCCAGAUCCUGCUUUUCUUGCCGAAGCUAAAGCCAGUUUAAAGCAGCAACAGUCCACUCCAACUGAAACUGAAGAUCUUUCCCAAGAUCGCCAGAAGCAUGAGUAGAGAUGGAAACGUGCAAUGACCAGACUUUUGAGGGGCUUUUAUUUGAAGGGAGAAAUUUGUGAUUAUGGUUAGGAGGCAUUGAUUUCCAAGAAAAGUUGUAUUUGGCCUGGUGGCAAGUCUCAUGAAUGUUCACAGAAAAAUUUCCUUAAAUUUGGUCUGAUGUGAUGUAUGAAUUUUUUGUUGCACUACUUCUUUGAACUUGGAGUGGAGUUAUUUAAGUUCUACUGCAUUAAUAGUCCAAUGAUUGUACUGUUGUUUCUCAAUUUCGUUUCCAGGCUCUACUUUGUUAUCAUUGACUCGGCCGUAUUUAUCUAAAACUAGUGUCAUAUCAAAUACUGCAUUAUAACCUAGAAGGCUAGAAGUGAUUUUAGGGAGGUGAAUUAAAAGAGUGGUGGAAGAUUUUCCAGGGGAUGUCUGUUUUUCUUUUUCUUUCUGCACUUGCUAGUUCUUUUUUUACAACUCCGCAUUUGCCAGUUAGUU